AUGAAGCUCCAGAUCCCAAACCCUGGCCUGGACGACAGAAUCUUAUCCCACGAGGAGCUGGGGCGACUGGAGCACGAGGAGGCAGGCGACCGGCCCCAGUGGGACAACAAGGCCCAGUACAUGCUGACCUGUGUGGGCUUCUGCGUGGGACUGGGCAACGUGUGGCGCUUCCCCUACCUCUGCCAGAGCCACGGAGGAGGAGCCUUCAUGAUCCCCUUCCUGAUCCUGCUGGUGCUGGAGGGAAUCCCACUUCUGUAUCUGGAGUUUGCGAUUGGUCAGCGAAUGAGAAAAGCUAGUGUGGGAAUGUGGGCAGCUAUAAAUCCGUAUCUAACCGGCAUUGGUCUUGCUUCUAUGGGCGUGUCGGUGACCAUAAGCCUGUACUACAACACCAUCAUCGCUUGGAUCAUGUGGUAUCUGUUCAAUUCAUUUCAACAAAACCUACCGUGGAGUCAGUGUCCGGUCAACGCAAACCUCACUGGCGCAGUGUCAGAGUGUGCGCGGAGCUCCUCUGUGGACUACUUCUGGUACAGACAGACUCUGAACAUAACCCCAGACAUCCAGGAGGACGGGGGGCUGCAGUGGGGGCUGCUGCUGUGCCACGUGUGUGCAUGGGCCGUGCUCUAUCUGUGCGUCAUCCGAGGGAUCGAGACCACGGGGAAGGCUGUGUACGUGACUUCUACCCUUCCAUAUGUUGUACUGACCGUCUUUCUGAUUCGAGGACUAACACUGAAAGGAUCCCUGAAUGGAAUUUCCUUUCUCUUUACCCCUGAGCUGUCAGAGCUGGCCAAACCCUCCACAUGGCUCGAUGCAGGGGCACAGGUUUUCUAUUCCUUCUCGUUGGCGUUCGGAGGCCUCAUCUCUUUCUCCAGCUACAACUCAGUGUUUAAUAACUGUGAGCAGGACGCAGUGGUCAUCUCCAUCAUCAACGGCUUCACGUCUGUCUACGCCGCUACCGUCAUUUACUCAAUCAUCGGGUUCAGAGCCACAAACAGAUACGACCUCUGCUUAAGCGGGAAUAUUCUGGCUUUAUUAAAUGCAUUUAAUAUUGCUGAGGGGGAAAUCACCACCGGUAACUACACUGAGGUGCUUCAGUAUCUCAACACUACUAAUCCGGACACUAUCCAAACCCUAGAUCUGCAAAGCUGUGACCUGAAGACCUUUCUAAGUGAGGGAGUUGAGGGCACAGGACUGGCCUUCAUCGUGUUCACAGAAGCCAUCACUAAGAUGCCCAUCUCCCCUCUCUGGUCUGUGCUAUUCUUCAUCAUGCUCUUCUGCCUCGGACUCUCCUCCAUGUUUGGAAACCUCGAGGGAGUCUUGGUGCCACUGCAAGAUCUGAAGGUUUUCCCCAAGUCCUGGCCAAAAGAAGUUGUAACUGGUGUGACUUGCCUGGUCUGCUGCUUGUUGGGCCUCAUCUUCAUCCAAGGCUCUGGGAACUACUGGCUGUCUCUGUUUGACACUUUCGGUGGGUCCAUUCCACUGCUGGUGGUGGGCUUCAGCGAGAUGUUUUCCAUCGUGUACAUAUAUGGCAUCGACAGGUUCAACGACGAUAUUAAGUUCAUGAUCGGCCACAAACCAAACUUCUUCUGGCAAAUAUUGUGGAGAUUCAUCAGCCCUGUCAUUAUGUUCUUAAUCCUGGUGUUUUACUUUGUCACUAAAGUUUCACAAAAGCUCUUUUAUAAAACAUGGGACCCUGAAUCGGACAAAUUCCCAACACUGGUAGAAAAGACUUACCCCCCGUGGAUCUACGUGAUCAUCUUCAUUCUGGCGGGGGUCCCAUGCCUCGCCAUCCCUGUGGCUGCGGCGGGCGACCGCAUGUGGCACUUUGCGAUCUCCGUGUUUUUGAUCGAGUUGUACGGCAGAAACCUCCUCCUCACCGCAGUGUUUGGCCUGGUGCUGGCAGGGUCUGUGCUUCUGCUUGGGGCACUGAUCGGAGACUGGGUGGACCGCAACCCCAGGAAUAAAGUUGCACAUGCGUCACUCUUCAUCCAGAACAUCUCUGUGACCGUGUGUAGCAUUGUCCUCAUGUUGGUGUUCUCCUAUAAGGCCUGGAUAGAGCAGAUCUGGGAUGGAUGGCUCACUGUGGUUUGUUACACGGUGGUGAUCGUCCUGGCAGACGUGGCAAACCUUGCGAGCACCGCACUGACCAUUGCCAUUCAGAGGGACUGGAUUGUUGUAAUCACUGGGCACAACAGGGGUCACUUAGCUGGGAUGAAUGCCACCAUGAGGAGGAUCGAUCAGGUGACCAACAUUCUGGCCCCGCUGGCCGUGGGGCAGGUCAUGACCCUGGCCUCUAAUGUGGUGGGCUGUGGCUUCAUCCUGGGCUGGAACCUGGUGUCUCUCAUAGUAGAGUUCUUCUUUUUGUCGAGAGUGUAUCGAAUUGUGCCAGCACUGUCAGUCAAACCCCCGGCUGAGGAGGUGGAUAUGGUUUAUCCACAGAGCAGAGAGAGGAGGGCUCCGAGAGGAGGCUCACCAGGCAAACUGCAGUGCCUCGUCAGCACCUGUAAGGACGGCUGGACGGCCUACUACCGCCAGCCGGUGUUUCUGGCCGGCAUGGGCCUGGCCUUCCUCUACACCACAGUGUUGGGCUUCGACUGUAUCACCACAGGAUACGCCUACACUCAGGGCAUCAGCGGCUCACUGCUCAGCAUCCUGAUGGGAGUGUCGGCCAUCACCGGCCUCAUGGGGACUGUGCUCUUCACCAGACUGAGGAAGUCCUUUGGCCUCAUCAACACAGGCAUCAUCUCCAGCUGCCUUCACCUGGGCUGCCUGUUGCUCUGUGUCAGCUCUGUCUUUGCUCCGGGCAGCCCCAUGGACACUAGUCUGCUGAGGCCUUUCACUGACUCUAACUCCUCUGAGCUGGGAGGAAUGACGAGUCCAAAACACACGUAUCCUCUGAGGGGCGGCGUGAACCAGCCACUGUUACCGGACCGCUCCUCCAUCCACUGGACCAACAACACCGUGCUCUUUGACAAUGUUCCCAAUGACACAGAACCCGAGUCAUACAUCUCCAUCACGCUGUUGUUUCUGGGAGUGAUCACAGCUCGCAUAGGCCUGUGGUCCUUCGACCUGACAGUGACCCAGCUGCUGCAGGAGAGCAUCUCUGAGUCGGAGCGAGGGGUGGUCAAUGGGGUCCAAAGCUCCAUGAAUUAUUUGAUGGACCUGCUUCACUUCAUCAUGGUCAUCUCUGCUCCUCAGCCACAGCACUUUGGAUAUUUGGUCAUCAUCUCUGUAUUAUUCAUUGCCACUGGACACAUUAUGUUCUUCAUGUAUGCUCACAAAACCAAGAGAAAAGGCAGUUUAGACACAUAA